AUGCCAGACCACAACAACAGGCAGGUUAAGAGCAAUGCUGUGUCAAAUCAAUCUGCUGAUAACAUUGAAGAAGCGAUUUGGCGAUUGAAAAUACAUGAUCAUCAAGAGCAAGGUGGUAUGGCUCAAUCAAGUCCAUACCCAGAUCGUCCUGGCGCACCAGAUUGUGGAUAUUAUUUAAGGACUGGAUUGUGUGGUUAUGGAAGCAAUUGCCGCUAUAAUCAUCCUAUUUAUGCUGCACAGGGAACUCAAUUGAGAGAAGAACUUCCAGAGAGAGUUGGACAACCUGACUGUGGGUAUUAUCUAAAAACAGGGACUUGCAAAUAUGGAUCAACUUGUAAAUAUCAUCAUCCCAGAGAUAGGAAUGGUGCAGGACCAGUUUCGUUCAAUGUGUUAGGUCUUCCUAUGCGUCAGGAUGAAAAAUCAUGUCCUUACUACAUGCGGACCAGAGCAUGUAAAUUUGGAGUCGCUUGCAAAUUCCAUCAUCCCCAGCCUGCGGCACUUGGAACUAGCUUGCCUCUGACUGGAGCUGCAGCCUUUGGAUCUACAGGAUCACCAAUUGUGCCGUCUUCAGGUCUGCCUUACGUAGGUGGACUUCCAACAUGGUCAUUACCAAGAGCACCAUUUAUGUCAAGCACGCAUUUACAAGGUCCACAGGCUUAUAUGCCUGUUGUUGUUUCUCCUUCUCAAGGCAUUGUUCCUGUCCCAGGCUGGAACACUUAUGUGGGAAACUUGAACCCUAUGUCCUCUUCCAGUAUUCUGGGAUCCAAUCGUGCUUAUGACUCCAGGAACCAAGGUGAUUCUGGUUCCAGUGGGCAAGUGCAUUUGUUAUCAACAGUUGGUCAUAUUCUACCUGAGAGACCUGAUCAACCAGAAUGCCGGCAUUUUAUGAUAACUGGGGCCUGCAAAUAUGGUUCUGACUGCAAGUACCAUCACCCAAAAGAAAGGAUUGCUCAACUAGCAACCAACACUAUGAGCCCUCUUGGGCUUCCCUCCAGACCUGGGCAAGCCAUGUGUCCGGACUACAGUAUGUAUGGAAUCUGCAAGUUUGGCCCAACUUGCAGAUAUGAUCACCCCUUACCUACAUAUCCUUAUAACUACAGUUUGAGCAUGCCAUCUUUAUCUAUAAUGGAUUCAUCUCUAGUAACUUAUCCAAGAAUGGCACAAGCGGCCCUGUCAUCUGCAACUCCUGUUUCCUUGUCAAAACUUCCUGAUUUGAUCCGGAAUACUGAUGGUGCUAGCUACAAGAAGCAUCAGAAUCCUGAUACAAAUACAAAGAUUUCAGAUGAUCCAACUGAGCAGGCUGGUUCCCCACCACCACACUCAUCGCAGGCUUCUUCAGAGCCAUCACAUGAUUAA